AUGGCUUCCUCUGCACCGCACGAUUCGUCCCAAAAGGGCACCUCCCUGGGCCCUCUUCUUGUGCCCAAUCCCCCGAGCAGAGAGCGGUCUCUCUCCGCUUCAUCGGAAGGGGCGUCUUCCUCGUGGUCCGGUCCGACAGAUCUCAACCAUAGCUCAACAUCACCAACAUCUUCUCUCUCACCCGAUAUGGCGUGGAACCCAGACUCAUCUCGGCUGAUGGUUCAGCAAGCCUCGCAUCGACCUUCGCCGUCGAUCGACGGCGACACGUUGCGUCCGCGCUCGGACUCGUUUGCCUCGUCAGGGGACCUGACGAUACGCUCUAGAGCCAAUUCAGUUGAUCCAGGACAGGCUGCCAAAGCCUAUGAUGAUGUGCCUUUGUCUGAAGCUUUAGCACCGGAUCCUCGUAACGAGGCCGAUUACCAAAUUGACGAUAACCGGUUCGCGUUUUCGCCCGGACAACUAAAUAAGAUGCAGAACCCCAAAUCUCUCGCAGCCUUCCAUGCACUAGGAGGCUUGCAAGGGCUAGAGCGAGGCCUGCGAACGGAUCUCAACGCUGGUCUUUCGGUCGACGAAGGUCGACUCGAAGGCACGAUCGAGUUCCAUCAAGUCACUCCGCCCUUGUACGACAAACGGCCCUCCAUCAGCAAGCCAUUCCUGGACAACAACCCGACCUCGACGGCGCCAGUAUCAGCCGGUGAUGGCUCACCAUUCGAAGAUCGUGUCCGAGUUUUCAGCGAAAAUAGACUUCCCGCUCGAAAGACCACAGGAUUCUUCAAGCUCUUUUGGAUCGCCUAUAACGAUAAAAUUAUUAUACUUUUGACUAUCGCCGCCAUUGUGUCCUUAUCCUUGGGCAUUUAUGAGACGGUGGAUGGAGGUACAGGAGUGGACUGGGUGGAGGGUGUGGCUAUUUGUGUGGCGAUUCUCAUUGUCACCGUUGUCACAGCCGCCAAUGAUUGGCAGAAGGAGAAGCAGUUUGCUAAGCUGAAUAAGAGGAAUAACGAUCGUGAAGUAAAAGUCAUUCGGUCGGGCAAGUCUAUGAUGAUAUCGAUCUACGACAUCCUGGUCGGCGAUGUCCUCCAUCUAGAGCCCGGUGAUUCUAUCCCUGCAGAUGGAGUCUUAAUCUCUGGCUAUGGAGUGAAAUGCGAUGAAUCAUCUGCCACUGGAGAGUCUGACCAGAUGAAGAAGACUGAUGGUCACGAAGUCUGGCAGCAAAUCAUCGAGGGCCACGCAACAAGGAAACUCGACCCAUUCCUGAUCUCUGGCAGUAAGGUUCUUGAAGGCGUUGGCACUUAUAUGGUGACCAGCGUCGGACCAUACUCCACAUAUGGCCGGAUCAUGCUAUCGCUUCAGACUUCCAAUGAUCCUACUCCACUUCAAGUGAAGCUAGGUCGUCUUGCGAACUGGAUCGGUUAUCUAGGCUCGGCCGCUGCUAUCGUCCUCUUUCUCGUCUUAGUGUUCCGAUUCAUUGCCGACCUCCCAAACCAUCCCAACACAAGUCCCGCAGAGAAGGGCAAGGAGUUUGUAGACAUUCUAAUUGUUGCUGUGACUGUUAUCGUCGUCGCCAUUCCAGAGGGCUUGCCCCUGGCAGUGACUUUAGCUCUGGCCUUUGCCACAACCCGCAUGGUCAAAGAAAAUAACCUUGUCCGAGUCCUUCGGGCCUGCGAGACAAUGGGAAAUGCUACAGUCGUGUGCUCUGACAAGACUGGAACCCUGACACAAAAUAAAAUGACAGUGGUAGCUGGCACAUGGGGCUCAGAUCAAAGCUUCAGCCAGUCAGCCGAUAAUGAUACCAGAACCACUUCGAUGGCCACCUCGGAGGUUUUUCAACAGUGCUCGGCUCCCGUGCGAGACCUUAUUGUUAAGAGUGUUGCUCUGAACUCGACUGCUUUCCAGGAAGAAAAGGAUGGCCAAAACGAGUUUGUCGGAAGUAAGACUGAGGUUGCACUUCUCCAAAUGGCCCAGGAUUAUCUCGGCUUAGACCUCGCCUCUGAGCGUGGGUCUGCUGAGAUUGUCCAGCUUAUUCCGUUUGACUCAGCACGCAAGUGUAUGGGAGUUGUGUACCGUCACCCCGGCGUUGGAUACCGCCUUCUCGUCAAAGGGGCAUCAGAGCUGAUGGUCGAGGCCUGCUCCAUGCAGAUCACGGAUAUUGAUAUUUGCAAGGAGAAGAUUGACACAACAUCACUAUCGGAGCAGGGAAAGCAGAAGAUCCUAGACACCAUUGGUCGAUAUGCCGAGGGGUCUCUUCGCACGAUCGGGCUUGUUUACAAAGAUUUUGUAAACUGGCCACCUAGAGAGGCCAAGAAGCUGGACGAUGAUCCGACCACGGCUAAUUUCGAAGAUUUCUUCAAAGCUAUGACCUGGGUUGGUGUUGUGGGAAUUCAAGAUCCCCUUCGACCCGAGGUACCGGGAGCGAUUGAGAAGUGUCGCUCCGCCGGAGUCCAGGUCAAGAUGGUGACUGGAGACAAUGUUGCGACUGCCACCGCUAUUGCAACUGCUUGUGGUAUCAAGACUGAAGAUGGGCUGGUCAUGGAAGGUCCUAAGUUCCGACAAUUGUCGGACGAGGAAAUGGACGAGGUGGUUCCCUACCUCCAAGUUUUGGCGCGCUCCUCGCCCGAGGACAAGCGUAUCUUGGUGGAACGACUCAAGAUCUUGGGCGAGACAGUUGCGGUGACCGGCGAUGGAACCAACGAUGGGCCUGCUCUGCGCACUGCAGACGUCGGUUUCUCCAUGGGAAUUGCUGGCACUGAGGUUGCCAAGGAAGCCAGUUCCAUCAUCCUCUUGGAUGAUAACUUCAAGUCUAUUGUUACUGCGAUCUCCUGGGGGCGAGCUGUCAAUGACGCGGUUGCCAAGUUCCUGCAGUUCCAGGUCACGGUCAACAUUACCGCAGUGAUCUUAACUUUCGUGUCGUCUGUGUACAGCAGCUCGAACAGCAGUGUGCUGAGUGCGGUGCAACUGCUAUGGGUGAAUUUGAUCAUGGAUACUUUUGCCGCGCUGGCUCUAGCCACCGAUGCUCCAACUGAAAAAAUUUUGGACCGAAAGCCCGUACCAAAGAGCGCCUCACUUUUCACCCUGACAAUGUGGAAAAUGAUCCUCGGACAAGCAGUUUACCAACUUGCUGUCACUUUCAUGCUAUACUUUGCUGGCGACAAGAUGCUCAACGCGCACCUUGACGAUAGCGACCCAGACCACCGAGCAGAUCAGCUUUCUACGGUUGUUUUCAACACAUUCGUGUGGAUGCAGAUCUUCAAUGAAUUCAAUAACCGGCGUCUGGACAAUAAGUUCAAUAUCUUCGAAGGCAUGUUCCGGAACUACUGGUUCCUGGGCAUCAAUGCCGUCAUGGUCGGUGGCCAGGUUAUGAUCAUAUACGUUGGCGGCGCGGCCUUUGGCGUGACUCGCCUCAGUGGCAUCCUUUGGGCCGUCUGCCUGAUCUGUGCGCUGGGUUGUCUACCGUGGGCUGUGGUGUUGCGCUGCAUACCCGACCGCCACUUUGGUGUUGUCUUUAACGGGGUGGUCAGCGGCAUGAGAGUUGUUCGACGCCCGUUGGUGAAGGGCUUCAAAGCCCUCUCCCAUGGUCUGAAGCUUUUCUUCCAGCCAUUGACACGGUUCACUCGUCGGAUAUUCUCCCGUCGACGCGCCAGGACCGCUGACUCUCCGGGCUCUCCUGUCGAGAUUUCCUCGAUCGCACCGGUUUCGGAUGAGGAAAAUCCGGCUCUGCCGAAAGCUACUCGAGAGGAAAGUCCUGAACGCCCUCAGACACCGCCGGCGAUUGCGGUGCCCCCGAUCCUCGUCACAAGCUCCCCUUAA